UCAAGUGUGAAGUGACUAAUGUCAAAAAGAUAACCUCAAAUUAAAAAUAAUAAAUUGGUGUACCGAACAGGAAUUUUUGUGUGAAUUUCGUAAUCAUUUUUUAUUUCGUAUUGCGCGAAAUCUUAUUACCUAUUUCCAUAAAAAAAAAUAUUAGGUAACAUUAUAAUAGCAAUAUCGAACGUAAGACGGGUUUAAAUACAAAAGAUGACAUUUCCUGAUAAGCAACAAAGAAAACUUUGUUGGGAUUCUAGAGACAAAUAUUGGGAAUGCCUUGACCAACACAAUGUUAAAGAUAGCUCUGAAAAACCAAAACAAUGUGCAGAGUUUAGGAAAUUAUUCGAAAAUUCAUGUCCUCCAAAAUGGGUAACCCACUUUGAUAGGAAACGGGACUACAAUAUUUUCAAAGAUAAAAUGCAAAAAGAGGGAUUUGAACCUAUCAAAGAUGCUUAGUUAUCGAAUUACUGUUAUUGACAAUUUGUAAAUAUAGUAUUGUAGUAAAUUAUAAAAA